GGCCGCCCCGGUCUCUGCGGCUCCGCCCGGAAGCCCUCAGGUGCCCGUCCCCAAGAUGGCGGAGUGACGGUUCCUGAGGUUACCUCAGGCGGCAGCGGCGGCGGGAAGAUGGCGGAAAGCGAGCGGCAGGCCGAUUCCUCCGAGGAGGUGGCGCCUCCUCCAUGCCAAAAGUUUGUGAUCCCCAAGAAAGAGAUCAACAUGGUUCCCGACAUGGCGAAGUGGAAGCGCUCCCAGGCGUAUGCGGAUUAUAUGGGCUUCAUUCUCACCCUGAACGAGGGCGUCAAGGGGAAGAAGCUGACCAGCGAAUACCGAGUGUCUGAGCCCAUCGAGAAGCUGGUCGAUCUCCUGAACGUCCUGGACAAGUGGAUCGACGAGACCCCGCCGGUGGACCAGCCCUCGCGCUUCGGGAACAAGGCCUUCCGGAUGUGGUACGCCAAGCUGGACCAGGGAGCGGAGAAGCUGGUGGCCUCCGUGAUCCCCGCAGAGCAGGCGGCUGCCGUCCCCGAGGUGGCCACGUACUUGAAGGAGGCAGUGGGGAACUCCACCCGCAUCGAUUACGGGACAGGCCACGAAGCGGCUUUUGCCUCUUUCCUCUGCUGCCUUUGCAAAAUCGGCGUUCUCCGGGUGGACGACCAGCUAGCCAUUGUCUUCAAAGUGUUCAACAGGUACUUGGAAGUCAUGCGGAAACUCCAGAAGACCUACCGGAUGGAGCCGGCUGGCAGCCAAGGGGUCUGGGGGCUGGACGACUUUCAGUUUCUGCCCUUCAUAUGGGGCAGCUCGCAGCUAAUAGAUCAUCCAAACCUCGAGCCGCGGCAUUUUGUGGACGAAAAGGUGGUCAACGAAAACCAUAAGGAUUACAUGUUUCUCGAGUGCAUCCGCUUCAUCACGGAGAUGAAGACCGGCCCCUUCGCUGAGCACUCCAACCAGUUGUGGAACAUCAGCGCCGUCCCUUCCUGGUCCAAAGUCAACCAGGGCCUCAUCCGCAUGUAUAAAGCUGAGUGCCUGGAGAAAUUUCCCGUGAUCCAGCACUUCAAGUUCGGCAGCCUGCUUCCCAUCCAGCCGGUCGGAUCUUAAGAAGGUUUUUGUUCGGCUGGGGGAGUCGUUGGGGGGGGCAGCAUCGGGAAGAGUGGGGCGGACGGGGUGCCCCCUUCUUCCCCCCUUCUCCCCCAGCCCUCUCUGGCGAUGCGCUUGGGGAACCUCACAUCGAAGAAGGGGAAAAGGGGUAGCAAAACACGAACCCCACGGAAAUCCCAACGCUCGACGAAACUUUUGGACCACACGAAUCCACGUUCUCUGCACCGAACUUGCCCUUCGCCUGGAUUUUCUUUCCAUUUUCCCUUUGUUUUGUUUUUUUUUCCCUUCCAACGCCUGGUAUACACUGCACCGGGGAAAUACAAGCGCUUUCGGUGGAGAGGGCGCGAGUUCCGAUCCACGGUUGGGGCUCUCCCGUGGAUGAAAUUGGUGUUUGCUUCCCCCCCCC